UAUCUUGGUCCCAUCCCCAUACAACUUACAUUACAGGAUCACUGACAUUUAAAGUGAACGUCCCCGAUCACUCCUUAUAUACAUCUAGCAAGUCAUCAUGCUGUUCUGGCAUAGCCAACCUGAGCACUUCUGGCCUACGCCUGCUGAACACUAUCAAAGCCCACCCAAUGCCUUUUACAGAGAUUCCAUUACACUGCCCUUCUUAAAGCAAGAGGACCAAACAAUAACCACCCCAAUGUGCCCAAUCUUCCAGUGUGUACUGUGUGCGCCCAGCUCCCCCGCUGUGAAGCUACAUGAGGAGUCGCUUACCUACCUCAACCAAGGUCAGUCCUAUGAAAUUCGGAUGUUAAGUAACUGGAAGGGAGCUGCUGACCUGCCUGAAGGUCGUCACCUGCUAAAAAGUGUGGUUCGAGUAGUGUUCCAUGAUCGACGUCUGCAGUACAGUGAGAAACAGCAGCUGGAGAGCUGGCAGAUGAGCCACCCUGGGGACAGAAUUCUUGAUAUAGAUAUCCCACUCUCAGUGGGUGUGAUAGACCCUGUUGCACAUACCAGCUCAUUGAAUAUCAUUGAAUUCCUGUGGGACCCCAGUAAGAGAACAUCUGUUUUUAUACAGGUACAUUGUAUCAGUACAGAAUUUACUCAGAGAAAGAACGGAGGAGAGAAGGGUGCCCCAUUCCGAAUUCAGGUGGACACAUACAAGUCAGACUCUCAUGGAGGUUUUACAGAACAUCUCUACUCCUGUAGCUGUCAAGUCAAAGUGUUCAAGCCUAAAGGAGCUGAUCGCAAGCAGAAAACAGACCGUGAUAAGGUGGAGAAACGCUCAACCCUAGAACGGGAGAAGUACCAGCUAGCAUGUGAAAACACUGUCCUGACUGAGGAAAAAAAUGAAAAAAGGGCCUCAUGCACUCCUUGGCCAGACAUUGAUGUACAACGAACUUCAAUCAACAUCCCCAGUCUGUGCUCCCCACGAAUCUACAAGACACCAUCCCUCGAGAGAAUCUGCACAUCUCCAGUAUGUACAUCAGACAGCUCAACAGAGUGUAACGGGGAGGGUCUUAGUCUUUCUGCAUCUAUCAGUGACACUCAACAGUGGCUCAUAAGAAACCGAUUCUCCAAUUACUGUCGAAUGUUUUCUAACUUCACAGGGGCAGAUCUCUUGAAAUUAUCCCGGAGGGAUCUCACUCAGAUAUGUGGAGUAGCUGAUGGCAUCCGUCUGUCUCAUGCACUGACAGAAAGGUCUGUGAGGCCUCGUCUUACAUUAUACAUCAGUGCAGAAUCUAUGGGAAAGAAUCAAAAUGAGGCUGAUUCAAGCCAGACAGCGCUGUAUCAAGAGAUCUAUCUGGAAAACGCAACUGUAGCAGAGUUGACCAAUAAGCUGGCUGACCUUUUCAGUGUGCCAGCCAAUCACAUACUGCGUAUCUCCAGAACAGGCCCCCACGGGAUCCAUAUUCUGCUCAGUGACACAAUGGUGAGAAAUAUGCCAGAUGAAUUCUGCUUUACUGCUUCACUGCAAAAAUUGCAAAAUCCAGAGGGAUAUCACUGCAUCCUGAAGUAAUCCUCAAGUGAAACGUCUCUUCUACACUGGAUAUUAACA